GAUAUGGGACAGACAACAGUCAAUGAGUCAGAGAAUACUUCUGCAAUAACCUCAGUUUGCUACAAGGGGGCGACGGAAUCCUUCCAUUUCAAAUGUCUACAAACUAUUGCAUAAUAAGAAGUCCUCUACCGCAGCGAAGCAGAGAAACAGAUCACAAAGGUUCGGUAUUAAGGUAGUAAUUUAUUACCUGUCGCCACAGCAAUUCCAUACAUUAAAAUAAUUGGGCACUUCCAAAAUACCGGAAGCAGAUUUGAAGGUUGUGAAUUUUGUAAGUACAAAGGAAAAUAAUCUGUAACGCAUUUUCUCAUUUUAAAGACGUGAUUGAUACAUAAAUAGAACGUAACAGAGAUUCCGUCAAAUCUUUAUGACUCGAGUUUAGUGUUUAAUUAAGUUCGUGAAGAAAAUAUUUUAGCGUUUAAACGUACUUUACUGCAACAGUAGAGACUGUGAAAAUAUAGGUGAAUUUGGAAUAGGUUAUGCUAUUGAAAUGAACAGUUCAAUUUUCAAGUGGAUGAAAUGUGGUUUUCACUUGGAGUAAUUCAACGCUUAGCAUCUAGAAACCAACAAAGCACUACAACGUGGGCAUGCGUGCUCUUUGUAAUUCACAGGAGAGGGAUCCAAGGCAAUAAAAUCCAAUUUAAAAGCACAGGCAGCAGCUCCCCAGUGGCAACAGGAGGGCGUCUCAUAAGCAAACCAAACCUGACAUCACAUUGCGCUCCGUUACAUAGAUCCUCCUUACCUCCUCCCCCUUAUCCAUUUCGAACAGCCUGUAGUCACUUUCACACUUUCUCAACAGCGUAUUAGACAGGGGCGGAUCAAGGGUUUAAUUGAAAAGAAAGGGCUAGCGUGAGAGCUUUUAGACCAGUGCAGGGAAAGGAGCGAAGGAAGAUACUCAGCUAUAUUUCUGUUUAAUCAGUAGCGGUGGUGCAGAACAGCAUCUCAGUGUUACCUCAAUAACAGAGCACUAGUGCUGCUCUUCGAAAAGACAGAAAAACCUCCUUCGCAUCAUUGAUCAACGAUGUCCAAGGCAAGAACCUCCACGCCAGGCACACGGGUGUUGCACCAAGCGUUUACAGGCAGGAUGGAUUGCCAACAAUGUUUUUCGCUGGAAUGUUUAGAAUGAAGGUUUUUGUGAGACGUACAAAGCAGCGAUGUCGGUGCCUUUACUCAAAAUUGGGGUUGUGCUCAGCACCAUGGCAAUGAUCACCAACUGGAUGUCGCAGACCCUGCCAUCCCUGGUUGGGCUCAAUACCACCAAGCUAACGGCAGCGCCAGGGGGAAGCUUGGACCGAAGCACAGGAGUGCUGCCAGCCAAUCCAGAGGAGUCCUGGCAGGUGUACAGCUCAGCGCAGGACAGCGAGGGAAGAUGUAUCUGUACAGUGGUAGCGCCACAGCAAACGAUGUGUUCCCGUGACGCCAGGACCAAGCAGCUGAGACAGCUCCUGGAGAAAGUGCAAAACAUGACACAGUCCAUUGAGGUCCUGGACCGGCGGACCCAGAGGGAUCUACAGUAUGUAGAAAAAAUGGAGACACAGAUACGAGGCUUAGAAACGAAGUUUAGGCAGGUGGAGGAGAGUCACAAGCAGAACCUCGCCAAGCAAUACAAGGCAAUAAAAGCGAAAAUGGAGGAACUUAGGCCUUUGAUACCAGUGUUGGAGGAGUACAAAGCCGAUGCAAAAUUGGUAUUGCAAUUUAAAGAGGAAGUCCAGAAUCUGACGUCAGUUCUAAACGAACUUCAGGAGGAGAUUGGAGCCUAUGACUACGAGGAGCUUCAGAACAGAGUGUCAAAUCUUGAAGAAAGGCUCCGUGCAUGCAUGCAAAAAUUAGCUUGCGGCAAAUUGACAGGAAUAAGCGAACCUGUUACUAUAAGAGCAUCUGGAUCAAGAUUUGGGUCUUGGAUGACUGACCCCUUAGCACCGGAGGGUGAUAAUAGGGUUUGGUACAUGGAUGGGUACCACAACAAUCGCUUUGUGAGGGAGUACAAAUCUAUGGCAGAUUUCAUGACCUCAGACAAUUUUACUUCUCACCGCCUGCCUCAUCCUUGGUCUGGAACGGGCCAGGUGGUCUACAAUGGCUCCAUCUACUUCAACAAAUUUCAGAGCCACAUCAUUAUCAAGUUUGACUUCAAGACCUCCUCCAUCAGCAAGUCACGCCAGCUGGACUAUGCCGGUUACAACAACAUGUAUCAUUAUGCCUGGGGAGGCCACUCAGACAUUGAUCUCAUGGUGGAUGAGGGGGGAUUGUGGGCUGUUUAUGCCACCAAUCAGAAUGCUGGAAACAUUGUGAUCAGCAAACUGGACCCCAAUACUCUUCAGAUUCUGAAGAGCUGGACAACCAACCACCCCAAGAGGAGUGCUGGGGAAGCUUUUAUGAUUUGUGGUACGCUGUAUGUCACCAAUGGUUACUCUGGAGGAACAAAGGUCUACUAUGCCUUUCACACCAACUCCUCCACCUAUGAGUAUAUUGAUAUCCCUUUCCAAAACAAAUACUCUCAUAUCUCCAUGCUGGACUACAAUCCCAAGGACAGAGCCCUGUAUGCAUGGAACAACGGACACCAAGUUCUCUACAAUGUCACCUUGUUCCAUGUCAUCAGGUCUGAUGAGCUGUAGUCAUAUCCAAAGACCUUCCUUACAUCAAAUGAUGCUAAAUGUGGUGGAAACAAAUGCUGUAAAGGAGAUAACAAUAGUGGCAUCUAUUUAGAAAACAAAAUAUAGUUAAGGACAGCUGCCAAAAGGUCAAGCCUUUUUAAAAAAAAUACUUAUGAAAUAAAUUAUUAUGACUGUGUUUAUGAAGCAUUACCUCUACAUCUAUCCUAGUGCUUUGUGCAUAACCAUGUAGGCCCAUUAUGAACUGGAAUAUCAUGUUCAUAGUUUGCAGAGGGAAGGGGCACCUGGAUCUGCACUAAGAGGUAAACACAGUUAAGAACAUUAUCAAUAUCAUUGCAUUCUUUUUUGACAGCAAAUAAAAACAUCAACUAAAGAAAUGAAGGCAAUGACUGUUGGAAGCAAACUGUUAAGGACUACGUCUUUGCGUGUAAUAUGUGGAUCUGUUUUUCUUACUUUCUUCUGCAUGGGCAUUUUAUAUCAUCACAAUCAACUCUUCUGGAUGUACUUUGCUACAGUAUAUGAUGCUAUAAAAGUUUAAGGGGGGCUAGUCUAGCAUUGUAUGGGGUUAACUUUCUUUUUCAUUUCUUUAUGUUCUUGUAUCACAUUACUGUUGGUGUUGAUAUAUCUGUGCAUAUCUGUCUUUGUUAGGUUGGAUUGUGCUGAAAGAACUAUAUUGCUCAUAUCUUUACUGUCUAGCAAAAAUGUCACAAGAGAACGUAUCAAGUAAUGUAUCUAUGAGUCAAUGAAUAUGUAUCCAUUGGCUCAUUUUUCUCAUUGAUUUCACGAAGUCUGCUGUUCUGUUGUUUCCUAGCAAGAGAUACUUGGUGGCAUCUUUAUCUGUUCAGCUUACAUGAAUCUGUAUUGUACCUGCAAUGAGGUAGUUUGUAUUAAUAAAUGAAGGGUUUUUUGUUCCAUACAGCC